GGGAGUCUUCCCUCUCCUAUCCAUCCUCUGUUUAACAAACACCCUUCUUCCUUGCAUACUUUAGAGAGAGAAACGAUUCUUCCAAUGGCCACCAAAGUCUAUAUUGUUUACUACUCAAUGUACGGACAUGUUGAGAAGCUGGCACAAGAGAUUCAGAAAGGAGCUGCAUCUGUCGAAGGAGUAGAGGCAAAAUUAUGGCAGGUACCUGAGACAUUGUCUGAUGACAUUCUAGGGAAGAUGAGUGCGGCCCCAAAGAGUGAUGUGCCAAUCAUUUCCCCCAAUGAGCUUACUGAGGCAGAUGGGCUUAUAUUUGGUUUCCCUACUAGAUUUGGAAUGAUGGCUGCUCAAUUUAAAGCAUUUCUUGAUGCAACUGGAGGUCUGUGGAGAACCCAGGCGCUGGCGGGCAAGCCAGCAGGCCUCUUCUACAGCACUGGAUCUCAAGGAGGCGGCCAGGAGACUACACCCUUGACAGCCAUUACCCAGCUUGUUCACCAUGGAAUGAUUUUCGUGCCUAUUGGCUACACGUUUGGAGCUGGCAUGUUCGAGAUGGAGAAGAUUAAGGGUGGAUCACCAUAUGGUGCUGGAACUUUUGCUGGAGAUGGCUCUCGACAGCCUUCUGAACUUGAACUGGAACAAGCUUUCCACCAGGGAAAGUACAUUGCUGGCAUUGCCAAAAAGCUCAAGGGAACUGCUUGAAUUUUGAUUCAACAUACUUCCGAUGUCUGAAUUCUGCAUAAACAACUAUAUUGUUUCCUUAAGAUUUUCCAUGUUCCGGUUAAAAUGUGCAUUUGUGCUCAUUGAAAUAAAUGUCUUUGUUUCAUCUUCUUCGUAUGCUUCUCGAUUAUGUUUUUUCUGUCGAUUAUAAAAUUUGCUUACACUUGAUCAAGAUUGUUGUUUGAGUUUUAAGUUCUGUUUGUAUUUUAGUAUGAACAGCCAAAAACCUGUUCUCGAUUAUUUUCGGGUACCUUCUUUUCUG